AUGCUUGUAACGGCUGCUGCAAAGAAGACUGUUCGCCUCAACAACUUGAUGCGGAAGGUCUGCCAACCACGAUUGAAUCAUACAAUUGCCUCAGAUGACCUGAUUCAUCGAGUGGAUUUCAGAGUUGGCAAGAUUGUACAAAUCGAGCAACAUCCUGAUGCAGCACACUUGUUUAUCGAGCAAGUUGACUUGAAUGCAGAGACAACAGAGGCUAUGCCAAAUCCUCGUACCAUUGUGAGUGGGCUUGCACCCUUCAUGCCAAUAGAGUCACUCUUGAACAGAAAUGUGAUUGUCGUAAGCAAUUUGAAGCCUAGCAAAUUUAGAGGUGUCUUGUCGCAAGGUAUGCUGCUCGCCGCGGCCACUGCUGACAGUAAAACAGUGCGAUUACUAUCGCCACCAACAGACAGCAUCAUUGGUGAACGAGUUGCUUUAGAGGGCGUGGAUUGGCAAGGACAGACUGACGCUGUAUUAAAGCCAAAACAAAAAGUCUUUGAACAGGUAGCCUCGUUUCUCAAGACUGAUGCUAGUGGUAUAGCCACCUACAAAGGAAUUGCGUUGAACACAUCGGCUGGCCCUGUUAUUUGUGAAUUGUCAGAUGCUCAGAUAUCUUGA